CUAAUACAUUACAUAGGAGGAGUUUAUGGGCUCCUUUAAAACCCUGAGUCUCCGUGCUCCCUGAUCAUUCCCUUUCAGCAUCCUGCCCAGCAAAGAAACAACUCACCAGAAUGAUCCCAGGAGGCUUGACGGAGGCCAGACCUGCCACGCCAGAAGUCCAGGAGGUUGCCGAUCAGGUCAGAGCACAGCUUGAAGAGAAAACCAAUGAGAAAUAUGAAAAAUUUGAAGCUGUCGAGUAUAAAACUCAAGUCGUGGCCGGAGUCAAUUAUUUCAUUAAGGUGGAUGUAGGCAACGGCCAAUAUGUGCACUUGAAAAUCUUUAAAGGUCUUCCUGGACAAAAUGAGGAUUUGGAACUUACUGCUUACCAGACUAACAAAACCAAGGAUGAUGAACUGACCUACUUCUGAGCAGCAAGCCCCCUAGUGACCUGAUUCCUCUCACUGUAAAGAGAUGCAGCCAUCAAUAAAGAAGCAUCCUGAAAAUAGC